AUGUCGCGCCACAAAAAUACAUACCGCCAUGGCUCUUACGUCAGUUUCACGGGCGGAGGGUCAGGCAAGGUGCCCAUGGUGUUCGCCGUGGACGUGCGCGAGAAUCGACGCCAACGAGCCCAGAUGGGACAGUGGGAGACGCCAUCCUACGAGGCAGCGAUCGCAUUUACUGAGCAUAGAACUCUCGAUCUCAUAACCGGAAUCAUGGAAAAUGCCGACGCCACGAUCCUCAGCGCGGGAAGCGUCAUGUCGCCCGCAGAGGUAACCAAGGCUAUGCGCGACUAUCACGUCAACGUGUUGACUGGUGACGGCAGUAGGAUCGCCCAGGUAGUCUGCCACAUCGCCAGUUUGCCCAGGGCAGAGCGCGCGCAUCACCCUCUCCAAGAUCAUCUACACCUCGGAGCCGCUCACAGUUCCGACAGCGCUGCCACCGACUUUCUCAUCGACACACGCGACAUCCACAUUGAGAUUUUGCCUCCCUCUGCCGCCUCCACGGGAAACUGUAGUUGCGACGGCGUCCUCUCCCUCCCCGACGGAGAAAUGGGCCUCAUAGUGCAGGCCUCCCUCCAGCGGCUCCACAACCCACUCGUCCGCUACGUCACAGGCGACAUCGGCUCCCUGCACACGGUUCCCGAUCACGUCGCAACGCAGAUCCCCGCCAGCGAGCGGAAGCACCUGCGUUGGGACAUGAUGUACUUCGACGUCGACAAGGUCGAGGCCAUCUUCGAAGCCCCCGAGUGUGGAAUCCUACAGUGGCAGGUCAUCCUCGGAGGGGCGGACGACGGCUCGCCCGUGGCGACACUGGAGGAGCUGGUCGACCGACUGAGGGGAUUCUGGAGCGUGUUGCCAGAAAAUGAGCAUUUGGUGCGGAUCGUCUUCGUGAAGGGGCUUGCGGAGUUUCAAACGAGUGCCACGGCGGGGAAGGUAAUUCGGUUUGUGGACCGAUGGCAUUAG